AUGGGCGGAAUGGGCGCCGUGGUGGCCAAAGCGAUCCUGCAAUCCGGCGCCGACGUGAUUGCCAUUGAUCGCGAGGCGGAAGCGAAAGCUUCUCACAAGGAAGACUUGGAGAGAGCUGCCGAGAGCAACGGGACGAUGGUGGCCUACUACCAAUGCGACAUCUCGAACCUCGAGUCGACCUACGCCGUGUUCGAGGACGCCGUCUCUGCCGCCCGAUACCCCCUGCGCGGGCUGGUCAACUGCGCCGCUAUCGGUUGGGUCGGGCCCUCGAUCAACUUUCCCGUCGAGGAUGCGAAGCGCAUCAUCGAAGUCAACCUAGUCGGCACGCUGAUCUGCGCACAGGCCGCCGCGCAGCUGGUCAGGCAACAUGGUUUUUCGGCGAGCUUUGUCUUCAUCGCCAGCAUGAGUGGUUACGUGGUGAACAAGGGCACCCCAAACGCAGCGUACGCGGCCUCCAAGGCCGGCGUGCACCAGCUCACGCGCAACCUGGCGUCGGAAUGGGGCCACUCGAAGGACGGGGCCCCGUCGAUCCGAGUCAACUCGAUCAGCCCCGGCGUCAUCCGCACCCCGAUGACGGCCAGCGUGCUCUCCAACAGCAACUUUGAACAACUGUGGACCGAGGAGACGAUGCUCAAGCGACUGUCCGCGCCUGAGGACUACAGAGGUCCAAUUGUCUUCCUAUUAUCGGAUGCGAGCUCAGCUGAGCUGGAAACGGUCGUCGGUGCGGACGCGAAGUUCGACAGUCAACCGAUCGGGAAAGAUUCAGAGUGUCAGGACAUGUUCAUGCGUGGAGAAGGUGUAACAUAG